AUGGCCGAUUAUGGAGAAUCGUGCGGACAAAGAAAAAGACUGAAAAUUAAUAGCAGAAAGUUUCUUGUUAAUCAAAGAGUUGAGGUGAGGAGUCUGGAAGAUGGGUUUCUGGGUUCAUGGCAUGUUGCGACCGUGAUUUCCUCUGAAAAUUUGGUUCGUCGUGUCAAGUAUGAUCACCUUCUUAGUGAUGACGGUUCUGAUAAUUUGAUUGAACAUGUGAAUGUAACUCCUAUGAUUGAUGGGGUUGAUACUGGUGUCACUGCAAUGCCCAAGAAUCAUAGGGGUAGAAUAAGGCCUUUGCCGCCAUCUCAUGAUAUGGGGACCUGGUGUUUACAGUAUGGGCAAUGUGUUGACUUGUUUCACGAGGAUGCCUGGUGGGAAGGUGUGAUUUUUGAUCGUGAGGAUAGUCAAGAGCGGCGGAGAAUUUUCUUUCCUGACAUGGGUGACGAAAUUGUUGCUGGGAUUCACAUGUUGAGGUUAACUCAAGAUUGGGAUGAGGUUACCGAUGAAUGGAAACCUCGGGGAAGCUGGUUCUUUCUUGAACUGAUAGAGGAAGCUAGGCCACAUUGGUCAUUGCCUGUUUCCAUAAAGCAAAUUUGGUAUGAUGUGCGGGUGAAGAGUGGCUUUGAGAAGCUUAAAUAUUGGACUUCUUCUGUGCAGACUAUUUGGAGAGAAUUGGUGUUGCAGGUUUUAGUUGAUAACUUCAAGAUAACUAUUAAGCAGUUUCUCAAAGAAUUGAACUUUUCUGGGGACUUAGUAGAGGAAGGACCACUAUUGCUGGAAUUUCCAGAACCAGCACUUGAAGUUAUUCUGAACCAGCUCCUUGGAGAAUAUUUGCUUGGUAAUUCUCUCACAAUUGUACCCUCUGAAGCCACUUAUAAAUUUGAUAGUAAAGGAAUGCUGCCAAUUGAUCAAAAUGAGACAAGCCACCAUCAAUUUGAAGAGCGUAACGAUCGGGAUGAUUUGGAAUCUAUAUCAGAAGAGCUUACCCGUGAGGAAGAAAUAUUUUGCUUGCCUCCUGCUCUGCCUAUAUUAUCUCCUAGUCCUCUUGAAGCUUCUAGAACUGAUUCCAAUAAUCACAAUGAAGCAGCUUGUAUUAUGAGCUCUGCUAUGUCCCAUAUGGAGUUCAAAUCUUCAAAACAGAGAAAGAAACGAGAGUGGGUUUCAGUUGUGCCUGACUUGGUUCCUGGACCUGAGUUUUGCCCUAAUGCCAUUGUUACAUGUUGCGAAAUGUAUAGGUGGAACAAGAAUCCUUCAAGUACCGUUAUUUUGAAUGUGAGGAAACAUCUACUGCAUCUUGGCUGGAAAAUUGACUUUUUUAAUGAUGGGAAGCUGAGAAUGCGUUAUACUUCUCCUGAUGGGAUAAUCUAUUAUUCUAUUCGUCUGCUUUGUUUGGAGCUUGGAUCUGAAAGGAUCUCUUUUAUCUCCCAUCGCAAUAAGAAAAGUAUUGUAAGUUCAGCUGAUGAUUUGUUUUCAUCUUCGCCUGUUGGAAAUUUACAAUCUUGCAGCAAGUUGUCCAAGUUGCCUUGUCCUUCUGAUGUGGUCAAACCUAAAUAUUGGCCUCAAGCAGUGAAGGAUUAUUGCUUACUUGGUUUAGAGGAUGAGGAUUUUAACAACAGCUCAAAAAUGAGUCGGAAAAUAUGGAAUAUGGCCUUAAAAGCCAUGAAACACCUAUCUGCUAUGGGGUGGUCAUUUUAUGACCACGGAGUUGGGGACCAGAGGAAAAUGCAGUACUGUUCACCAGGUGGAACAUUAUUUAACUCUCUAAAGUCGGCUUGCAAACAGUGUGUAGAGAUCGAUGGACUCAAUCCUAGAGACGAUGCACAUAAUCUAGGAGGAAUGGGGAAUGUAUAUCCCAUAAAUGGAAAUACUGAGGACCAUUUAGCUGUAAAUGGAUCACAUCUUACAUCAGAUGCCAAGGAAUCCCAUGGAAAUUUAGUUCUGUCAAACAACAUAUUUGAAAACAUGCCAACUGAAUCGUCCGAUGCGUCUAUGUCAAAGGGGCUUGUAGAACUAGGUAAAGUUGAAGUUCAUAGAACCAGGAUACUGAAAAAGGGGAGAAAGAGAAAACACAAUCAACCGCAUCAUAAUGAUGUUUCGCCAUUGCUCAAGAGAGGGAGUACAUCUAUUAGAUCAAUUAAAUUAAGAGGCGAUAUGGAUGAAGAUUCCUCAACCCCUGUCCUGCGAUCAAGUAAAAGAGCUCGGGAAGCGGUUGGUUCUUCCUCUCAUCGAACUCCUAGAACUGUCUUGUCUUGGUUGAUAGACAACAAUGUGGUUUUGCCAAGAACAAAAGUUCAAUAUCGUAGCAAGAAAGAUGGUCGUCCAAUGGCAGAAGGGCGAGUAACUCGUGAUGGGAUCAAAUGUAGUUGUUGCCAGAAAAUUUUUACUCUUAGUAGCUUCGAAGCUCAUGCUGGCAGCACGAAUCACAGGCCUUCAGCAAACAUAUUUUUGGAGGAUGGAAGGUCUUUGGUGGAGUGCCAGUUGCAACUGAGACGCUACAAUAGUAACAAAAGUGCAAAACUGGAAUCAUGUAAGAAGAAGGCCAAGCAGAGCUGCAGCACAAAUGACUACAUUUGUUCCAUCUGCCACUAUGGAGGUGAAUUAGUUUUGUGUGAUAACUGUCCAUCUUCGUUUCAUACUCACUGCCUUGGUUUGAAGGAGGUCCCAGAUGGAGACUGGUUCUGUCCUACAUGCUGUUGUGGAAUUUGUUGCAGGAGCGGAUUUGAUAAAAACAAAGAACAUUAUUCCAACUCUAGUCUUCUCAGCUGUGCUCAGUGUGAGCACCAAUAUCAUGUUGGAUGCCUCAGAAAUAAAGGUUUUGAAGUUCUGGAAGAUUUUCCCCAACAAAAUUGGUUCUGCAAAGAAACAUGUGAACAGAUAUUUUGGUCUCUUCGCAAUAUUUUGGGAAGAGCUGUUCCUGUGGGGAAUGAAAAUUUGACUUGGACUUUAAUGAAAUACAUAAAACCUGAUUCACAUGAUCAUGAGGCGCCUCAUAAUGAGUUUUUGAUGGAGAGUUACAGCAAGCUUAAUAUUGCUCUUAGUGUGAUGCAUGAAUGUUUUGAACCUGUCAAAGAGCCUCAUACCAGGAGGGAUCUCAUGGAAGAUGUUAUUUUUAGUAGAUGGUCUGAGCUAAACCGUUUGAAUUUUCAAGGGUUUUAUACAGUUCUUUUGGAGAGAAAUGAUGAGUUGAUUUCAGUCGCAACUGUAAGGAUUUAUGGGAAAAAAGUGGCAGAAGUCCCACUUGUUGCUACACGAUUUCAGUAUCGUCGACUUGGGAUGUGUCGUAUUUUGAUGAAUGAGCUUGAGAAGAAACUCAUUGAAAUGGGAGUAGAGAGGCUCAUUCUUCCGGCUGUUCCUAACGUGUUGAACACUUGGAAAACUUCUUUUGGGUUCUUAGAAAUGAAACAAUCAGAGAGAAUGAACUUUCUUGAUUACACCUUCCUUGAUUUCCAGGAUACAGUCAUGUGCCAAAAAGUCUUAACUCAGGUCCCUUCCUCUGUAUCAAGGAUAUCAACAGAAACUAAGGACAAAAGUCGUGCCCCUAUGAGAAAAAUUGAUGCAGACUUGGAUGGUAUUGGUUCUGAUUCUGCAAUUUCUCAAGCAGAACGAGUCCAAGAGGGUGAAUUUAAAGAUCAAGGAUCAGCAUGUGUUUCAAGGGGACUUGACAAUGAGAAUGGCAAUGACUCAUCACAGGAAGCUAUUUUGGUGAAUGAACCAACAAUACUAGAUUGUCCAUCUUUCGAGACUGGGAUUACAGUGGAGUGUCAUGCUGGAGUUACUGAUCAUAAGCAAGUUGAGGACAAUAAAAGAAAUGGCAUUAUCAAAUGCUAUAAGCGAAGGAGAAUGUCAGCCUGCUGA